UAUUAGCAGGGCAGGCGGCCUGUCACCUGUGUGGGCGUUCGUUCUCCGAAAGGACGAAGAUCAUCGAUGAGGGCGGAGAUGAAUCUAGGGGUUGGGGAGAUUGGCGAAGCCUCAAAAGAGAUCCCCCUCUCUAGUGUUACGGAUGGAGUUGUGGGUGAAGGUCCAAUGGAUAUGACUUUAGUGAUGAUACUUCUUAAUAGCAUAUCAUGCUUUGGCCACUUGUCUUCAUGUAAUACCAUAAAAUCAGGGCUGGUUCACAGAUACUACAAAGCAAUUGAUGAGAUCUUAAUGUUGUUGAAGCCUGCAUUGGAAGAGGCUUCCAUCUCUGAGAUAGCUCCAGAUGACAAACUGAAUAAAAUGUUGGGAGAACUUGAUACUUUAGUUAAUGAAGCGAAGGAACUACUUGGAAAUUGGCAUCAAACGAUGAGUAAAGUUUACUCUGUGUUGCAAUACGAAUCAGCACUAACGAAAAUACAGACAUCAGCAGUUGUCACUUGCCAACUACUUAUUUUCUUAUGUCCUUCUAAUGUUACUGUAGAAAGUGUUGAGGUGAUGAAAGAUUCAAUGAAGAAGAUUAAGCUAAUACAUUUUGAAAAAAUCUCAGAUAACAUUAAAAAAGUCAUAACAGAUCAGAAAGACAAAAGGGUGCCUAGUUCUGAUCAUCUGGAGAAAAUUUCAACCUUCUUGAACUUGUCUUCUAAUCAAGAAUUGCUUAUGGAGGUCGUUGCAUUGGAUAAGCUUAAAUCAAAAGUAUUUCGUAGCGAUAAUCAUACAGAAAUAGAGUACAUUGAUCAUAUCAUUGCACUUGUCAGUUAUAUGCAUGAUUGUCUUGUUAAAGUAAAACAGGUGCACAGCAUCAAUGGGGUGCCCAUUCCUCCUGACUUUUGCUGUCCACUCUCCCUAGAAUUGAUGUCUGAUCCUGUGAUUGUGGCAUCUGGACAAACUUAUGAGCGGGCCUUUAUUAGAAAAUGGCUUGAUCAAGGGUUUAAUGUUUGCCCCAAGACCCGACAAACACUUGGGCACUCCAAUUUGAUACCCAAUUAUACUGUUAAGGCGCUUAUUGCAAGCUGGUGUGACUCUAACAGCAUCAAGUUACCUGAUCCGCUUAGGUCCAUGAAUCAAAGCCUACCCUCUGCUUUCAUCAACCCUAUGGAUACCAAGGAAAAUGACUGUAAUCCCUCCCCAUCUGAUCAGCCAUCUAGGAGUAAAUAUUCUAGACCAGCAGAGCAAAAUUCAUCGACAGUAAAUGUGCAUAAGGAUCAAACUUCUUCCAAUGGGAUACAUAUAGAAAGCCACGUUCAUGAGAAAGCUUUAUCUCAUCACCGUAAUUCAAAAUCAAUGGGUUCAUCUUUUCAGGCUACUAAUGGCUCUGAUAUAGAUGUUGCAAGGAUGUCAUUAUCAGGUCCUGAUAACAAGAGUGAAUCCAGGUUAUCACAUAGACACGUUAGCUCUGGUGGUCAAACUUCAACUCAAUCCAAUCUUGGGCAACAUGUUCGCAGCGCUUCUGCUUCCACUCAUUAUAGCAGUGCCGUUUCAACUAAUGAUCAUCCUGAAGGAUUAGGAGAUAUGCGUGUUAUCUCUCGGGUACCUAGCGACCUUACUCAUUAUAGCAGCGAUACUUCAGGUGAAGUUAUGCAGGAGGCUCCAACUUCCUCUGGCCCACUGAUAGAACCUGAAUUUUCAUCAAAGUUGGCAGAAACUAGGUCAAGAACUCAAACCAUUUGGCGGCGUCCAUCAGAAAGAUUUACUCCAAAAAUCAUUUCCUCACCCUCUUUGGAUAGACGACCGGACCUAACUGGCAUUGAGACGCAGGUGCGGAAACUGGUUGAAGAUCUACGAAGUGAUUCUGUUGAUUUGCAGAGAGCUGCCACAGAAGAGCUACGCCUUCUUGCUAAACAUAACAUGGAGAACAGGAUAGUGAUUGCCAAUUGUGGGGCAAUACCCCUAUUAGUUGGUCUUCUUCAUUCAGCUGAUCAAAAGGUCCAAGAGGAUGCUGUAACUGCGCUUUUAAACUUAUCAAUCAAUGACAACAACAAGAUGGCGAUUGCUAAUGCAGAGGCAAUUGAUCCGCUCAUUCAUGUACUUCAAACAGGAAGCCCUGAAGCAAAAGAAAACUCAGCUGCAACACUAUUCAGCCUUUCUGUCAUUGAAGAAAACAAGGUUAGGAUUGGACGUUCUGGAGCUAUCAAUCCAUUGGUUGAUUUGUUAGGUAAUGGGACACCACGAGGAAAGAAGGAUGCUGCUACAGCUUUGUUUAAUCUAUCAAUAUUUCACGACAACAAAACAAGAAUUGUUCAGGCUGGGGCUGUUAGGCAUUUGGUUGAGCUAAUGGAUCCAGCAGCUGGCAUGGUUGAUAAGGCUGUAGCUGUUUUGUCUAACCUUGCUACCACGCCUGAAGGAAGGACUGCAAUUGAACAUGAAGGCGGGAUCCCUGUGCUUGUGGAAGUUGUUGAAUUAGGAUCAGCAAGAGGGAAGGAAAAUGCAGCAGCAGCUUUGCUUCAGCUAUGUACAAAUAGCAACAGAUUUUGUAGCCAAGUUCUCCAAGAGGGUGCUGUGCCACCAUUAGUAGCAUUGUCACAAUCAGGCACACCACGGGCUAAAGAAAAGGCUCAGGCUCUCCUCAGUUUCUUCCGGAAUCAGCGACAUGGUAAUGUUGGGAGAUCAUAGUGUGGGAUUUUUUUUUCCUUUAUUUUUUUUCUCCCCUGUAUCUAUGUUUGCAGCUUAGUUGUGUGUAAGUAGGAGUUUGUUUGGAUUGUGAGCUUUAUAAUUGUUGUAGGUGGCGGCAUUUUAUUACCCAAAUUAAAAGUUUUAAAAGUUGGGAAUUGUUGUCAAUGCCAUUUGGGAACUGUUAUCUCCUACAUUGAAUCAUUGUAAAAAUAAGAUUAAUCUGUAAAUCAGUGUAUCAAACUAAUAUGAUCUGUUCCAUUCCAUGUUCAUGACUA